ACCUUUACAAACUCGCGAAGUCAUAACAAAAUUGUGUCAUCUGAACAUUACGUUGCAAUAAAUCGACGAAUCCGGUGUUUAUAAGUCGGUUUCCACCGAUGUAACACCACGGGAUACGUACCAUACCAGUAUAUACUUCCUGAUUUGGUGGUAUUUGGCACAUAAUUUAACGACGAGAGAGUACAGAGGAUUGGAAACUUGUGUUGACAUAAACAAAGCAGUUCACGGCUCAGCAAAUAUUAACAGUCUCCACAUCAGUUUUGCAUGGUACCUUUCGGUGGCGAGACAUUCAUUUUCGGUCGAGAUAUUGAUCAACGAAGAGUAUAUGUACAUUAUCAGCGAUAAUAUAGGCCUUCAACAAAAACCUUUCUUUCAUCUCUCGGAGUAUAUAUACCACACGAAGAGUGCGUGUAUUUGUGUCAGCUGAGGGCUACACAAUUAUAUUGGAAUACUUAGGGCGUAACGUAUUUGGACUGUUAUCACAGGGAUAUCCCUGUAUUUCGUCUGUUUUGGAGCAGGACCAGAUCUAAUCGAGAGGACUCGGUAUGGCUGGAUCUAGACCAGUAACACUCAUCUUUCAGCUCGUUACUCUGGCUGUAUCUCUUCUUCUCCAUGCCAGCUAUGUGGAAGCAAGACGUAGAUCAAGCAGAUACAGGUAUAGAGGAAGCAGUAACAAUUAUGCUCCAGAUACCACAGGAAAAGAGCCGUUACCAUGGUGGGCUAUCACCCUCAUCUUCGUUGGGGGCGUUUUGGGCAUUUUCUGCUGUGUCAUGUUACUGAGGAAGGUCUACGAAAAGAAACGAAAGCAGAAGACCCGCGCUAUGGCCGUACGUCGCAGUAUCAACCUCCAGAGACGCCGCAGCUUACAGAAUAACGCUACCACUGACGCCGAAAGUGGCGUUCCUCAAGGAAACUUUGAGGCACCUCCUUCGUACGAGCAAUCCGCCAAGGAUGACGCCCAACCGCCUGCGUACAGCAAGGAUGUUAAUACGGAUGACGAACAUGCCACGCCUCCUCCGGCUACUCAAGAUGAUCCGAUUCCCAUGGAUACCACGCUACCUGCAGCCCCGCCCAGUUAUGACAUCGUGCAAAAUGAUGGAAGUGAGGUGGUAGAAGUGGGCGGGCCCGUAGCCAUGGAGACGAGCACAGCAGGUGGCGGAAACUCACACGCGGAUCAAUAAGCGAAUGUUGAUGUAUAAGAGUAUUGUAUAUUAUUACACAGACAUAAUAUUGAAUAUAUUAAGUCAUGAUAGCCUUUGUCUCACGAGCAAAAAGAUAAAAGCCUAGACAUGUGCAAUGGAACCAGAAGAGGAGCUUUAAAUUGUUGUGAUAAAGGUUAAAGGCUGAACAACUAACGUACGUGUGAAUUAUGUUACAACUCAGCAGUAUAUACUUGUUAAAUUGUCACUUUUGUACCUGUAUUUGCAUGCCAGAUAAUGCGUAACUAACACAAAUAUGGAAAGUUGUAUAGAAAACAGUAAUUCCAUCUAUCUGAUAUCUCACUCUAUUUCACCGUGGAAAUAUUAGAGGGCAUGUAUACUUUCGUAAAUUGGUCUCAAACUGAUCGGUCAUAUCUAGGGACCUAGAACAAUGUCCAAGAUAGAAGGAUAUGCCUUAAACGCUUUAGGGUACCCAGUUAGUUUUGAAAUGAUGCGGGCGAAAGCACGUACGUAGAUAUAUGUAGAACGUAAAUGUACUGUAAUUCGUAAGUCAUUAUUGCGUCGACUCCCCUUGAGGAGUCAUGAACAUGAUGAUAAAAGAGGACUUUCUUACAUUUUCAUAUAAAAGUACUAUUUCAUAUCAAUACACAGUUCUAGAUGCAUAGUAUUACAGCAUUCUUUUUUAAGUAAGGAAAGUUUUAACUGUAGGCCUAUUAAUGUUGGCAAUACAAAUGAGGAGUGAUUUAACAUCGUCAAGCCCGGAGCUUACUUUGUACCUCAGUGAGUUUUGUAUCGUGCGUUUACAGUUGAUGGUAAAGUUAAUUUAGAUAUUGUUGUACAAUGUCAUAUACUGCUUGACUGGGUACGACAUAAAUUGACAAGUGCCUUUACAGUCAUGCACGUACUUUGUGUUUAAGAAUCACCGCCACAUUUUGACACGAAUUUUUGUACAAUUUUGAGAAUAAAAGAUGAUUACUAUAACAAAA